UAUUGUGUCUUCGGCGCUCCAAGUAAAACUGACACAUCAUAGUACAUCUUCUUCUCCUCCGUUUACGCUCCGGCAAAGUCUGUCUGAUCGGUUUUCGUCACAUCUCGAUUGAAUUCUGGGUAUAUCUGGAGGCCGGAAAUUCGCUAAUCCCGUUUCAUCUUCUUCUAGUUCUGCUUGAAAUUUCAGAGACCCUCUUCCGUUCUCCAUCAAAAGUUUGCGGGAAGAACUCCAUAAGGAGCCAUGGAUAAUACGCAAGUGGAGUCUCUGGAAGAGAAGCUAAUGAGUCUGCUGCGUCAGCUUCAGGCGGAGCAUGCAGUUUUCGAGAGAAUGGUGUACAAGAAUAAGAAUCAGCACCGGAGAUGCUCCUAUUUUCAGUACCUUCUCAAGGUGAGGAGGGAUUUGAGGCUUUUGCGGACAGCAAACAUGGAGGAGACAUUGAGAUCUUGCUUCCAUGUUAUCGGUGAAACAAAACCUAGACAGAAAAUGUAUCAUUUGGAAAGCUUGAAGCGCAGAAGAUGUGAAACUGGAAAACCCAAUUUACUGGAAAAACUUCUUGGAACUCUUCGUUUGCUCUCACAGAUGGCUGAAAUCAUCUUGAGGGCAGCUUGUGAGAUAUCCACUUUGUUAGCCCGUUCAUUUUUCAUCGGAUUUUCUGUCACAUUCUUGGCCCUGCUUGCCCGUCUCCGCAUAUUGGUUCAACAAAUAUUGUUUGAUGCUGUUUCCAUCUUCAAUUCAGUAACUUCUAUCUCCCGAAAAAAGCAAGUUGUGAAGAUAGAACUAGAUGGGGUUGAGGUAUUCCGCGAGUUCUAUCCAAAGGACGAGGACUAUAUCACAUUAGAUUGCGUAUGGAAGACAGAUAAGUUUGUGUUACUGGAGACAUUGCAGAAGCGUGAGGAUAUUACUAUUACUAAAGAUCAGGAUGUAGCAGAAGACCCUUCUAGUAGGGAUUUAUCAAUACAGUAUCACACACUUUUCUCUUUUCUUGGGGAAGAUGCAUCUUCUCUGGUUGAAGCAGAGGAUAAAGUUGUAGUGAGAGAGAGUUCAACUUCCAUGGAGGGAGUCCCUUCUUCAGAGACAAACAACGGAACACAACAAACAGAAGCUUCAGAGAAAACGGAAGACAUGCCUAACUUGCCUGUAGAAGCCGAAAAAACAGGCACGGACCGAGUAAAACCCAGUUCAAGUUUUGCAACUAAAGUGGCUUUUCUAUCUGUGAAGAGACCUUCACCUGUAACAGGCAAUGCCAUGGAACCUCCAUUAAAGAAACCAGAAACUAGCAGCAAAAACACGAAAGAGGAAGAUGGGUUUUAUAAUUUACUCAUCCGUGGGACCGGAAAAGACAGCUUGUUCUAGUGGGCAUGUCGCUUGUGAGCUAA